GUCAGGCCCAGAGCUGGUCCGUCCGCCGUCCGGCCGACUCGAGGUAUCGCAGAGCUGCGGAUUUCGCGCGAGAUAUAGACCCAUAAACACGCACGCGUGUACACACCGUCCGCGCUCUCACACACAUAACACACGCACCGUAUACGUAACAUACGCAUACACUCACGCGUCCAUCACACAUACACGUACAUGCACAUAACACGCACACACAAAAACGGCGCACACGUGUAUAUUGUUAUACGGGCAAACAGUGCGUGGCAGACAGACACAUCGUCACGCCGUCAUAUUACGCGUUGUAAAUCGCGGUAGACUGAAGUUGUCCACAUACACGGGUGUACUUACCUGCGUCGCGACGUGAGGGCAGCCGCGAGUGCCACCGGUCUCUCUCGCCGCCAUACUGUCGCGAGUCGUCAAACGAACCGACAUUGUCGAGCGUUAAUCGAAAUAGCGUCGCGAGUAUCGGGUGUGCAGUGGUGAACGAUGACGAUUUGUGCGCGAGAGUUGUGAUAAAAAGGACAGUCACAGCGACUACGACACUCGUUUCGUCCAAGUUGUGACAAGGCACAGCCGCGAGACAACAACAUUGAUUUCUAUCAAACUGUGACAAGUUAACGACGCUCGUUCUCGGAACGUCUACGACUUUUCAAGUGGAAACGUAUAGAAGGAGAAAGAGAGAGAGAGAGAGAGAGAGGAGAAAGAUACUCGUGAACCACGUGCGAGUCGCAUCGAAAGGAAGCGGUCGACGAGACUCAAAGUGACGGAAAAAGUUGGUAUCUCUCUCCGUUAGUGCGCGGGAAACGACGGCUUCCAUCUCGAACGAUUUCAUAGAUAAAGAGAUCGCGCUGUCGCGGGUGGGGGAUGGGUUAGGAUACCGGAGCGAGUCUCUAUGGAUUACUGGCCGAGUUGACACGCUCACCGGCCGGCGGGCGAGUGCGCGAAACGCACUUUUGGCGACGAUCCACGUAUGGAACGCUUCGAGAAACGCGUGAACCGCUUCGCGCGGGGAGGGUGCGGCUCCUCUAGGUAGUUAACGCCGAUGAAGAACGCGGACAGCGGUCGUUGCGUUUUUUCGGCUUCGGACUAAGAGAUAGAGAAAGAGAGAGAGAGAGAGAGAAAAAGAAGAGACAUGCAGGGCGCCGCGAUAUUCUCGACAUUGCAGCGACGUCGUCAACCGCCGUUGUACCGUCGACGACGUCUCGACUGACCACGUUGUCCGCUUUACUUUCCGUCACUUUCCCGAGGGAAAAGAGGAGAAGGUGGAUCCACGAGGGCGAUCGCUCUAAUCGACGCGAUCCCGACCGACGGCGACUGCUUCUUCUUCGUCUAAGUGCGAGGAGAGUGAACUGAUUCAACUGCAUCGGAGGGAUGUCACGGAGAAAGCAGGCCCGACCGAGCCGUGCCCAUCUUGAGGAGGAUCUUGUCCAGGGGCCUCUGCUGAUCAAUCCCGUUGGAACUGUCACGAGCGUAAUCCGUGAAGAAAAUGACUUCAUAUCAGACGGUGAGGAGAGCGGUGGUGGAGCAGGAGGCGAGGAAGCCGUCGAUCUCACCGCGGCGAGAUCUCAUCAGGGCGACGAGGACGACAAGGAUGCCGAUGAUCCUCUGGGCGAGGACGAAGAAGACGGCGGUGACGAACAAGACGAGCAAUACGAGGACGAAGAGGGUUCGCGAAAACAGAUUCGCCAUCGACAGGAUGCGGAAAAUAAUAACAAUUUUGUCGGGAGUGGUUCAACCUCCGCUGGAAUAUUUCCACCUGCUGGAACUAGUCAUGUCACUCUCGAGGCCCUUCAAAAUACAAAAGUUGCGGUCGCGCAAUUCGCUGCCACCGCCCUCGCUGGUGGAGCCGAUAGCGACGCGGCGUUACAGGAUCUGGCCUUCUUACAAAGUACGCUAUAUAAUCUUCAGCAUCAACAGGUACUCCAGUUACAGUUCAUCAGCCAGCUUCAGCAACAAUUAUCGAUUACUCAAAAGCCACCGGUAGCGCAACCGUCAUCGGUAGAACCAGCUGAUAGCAAGGAGGCCUCGUCGUCUCCCAUUAUUCUACCGAAACCAUUGUCGAGUCUCACAUCACCACCUUCUUCCCGACCACCAAGUCACCAUCUCUCAUCACCAGCGCCACUGACACCGAAUCUACUUCAAGAACGACCCACCUCGACGAGCAGUGCCUCUCCAUUGAAUCUACCCCUGUCUUCGUCUUCUGGCACUACAUCGACUACCGCUACGACUACCAGCAGUCAAAUCACACUGUCGCAUCAAAUGCCGCCUCUUUGCUCGAUCAGUUCUUCUCUCGCUUCGUCGAUCAUAACGAACAACGAUCCACCGCCCCUUCACGAACCGAAUACACUGGAAAUGCUGCAAAAGCGUGCCCAGGAGGUUUUGGACAACGCGAGUCAAGGUCUAUUGGCCAACAAUCUGGCUGAUGAGCUCGCAUUUAGAGGCAGUAAAGGCUCACGGCUCUCGCCAUACGAUUCGAAAACAAGCGGCGGUCGCGGCGAGCCCUUCUUCAAGCAUCGAUGUCGCUUCUGUGGCAAGGUCUUCGGCAGCGAUUCAGCGCUACAGAUCCACAUACGAUCCCAUACAGGUGAGCGACCCUUUAAGUGCAACGUCUGCGGGAGCCGAUUCACCACCAAGGGCAACCUGAAGGUCCACUUUCAGAGGCAUACGGCCAAGUUUCCACACGUAAAGAUGAAUCCGAAUCCCGUUCCAGAACAUCUAGACAAAUAUCAUCCGCCCCUCUUGCAGCAAAUUGCUUCCGGGCAACGGCCAAUAUCCCCGCCGCCGCCGCCUCACGCCAUUCAUCAUCCCUCGUGUCAUCCGGCACGUAGGGAGCACAGUUUCCUACCACCACAACCGCCUUUACCUCUCAGUCUUACAUCGCCCGGCAUGAUCCUUUGUCGUUUACCGGUUAUUAAUCACCGGGAUGAUCAGGACGUGCCGGAAAAUCUUAGUAAACCCGUAACCGUUGCCCCGCCGAUGUCCCCUACUUCCCCCGCCGCUGUAUCGAACUCUCAUCAUUCCUUUCACGACAAUCAUCAACAACAACAACAAAAACAGCAACUCGAGCAGAGAGAGGAGAUAAAGCUCGAACAGAGAUCACCUGGACAGGACCAGUAUCAGCAACGACUAAUGAGCCAGGAAGAUACCGGGCGCAUAACCCCGAAGAGAGAACCCGAGGAGACGGAGGAACCUGUGGAAACGGAAGAAGGCGAGGACUUUGAGGAGACUACGAGGCGAUCUCUCAAUUCACCUUCAUCUUUGGUGAAUCCGUCGUUUCAGCCACAAGCAUACGAGGAUUGUAGUAUGGACAGCAAGAUCAGCGGACGGUUAGAGGGCGACGGGGAGAUAGAAAUGGACGAAGAGACAGAGGAGCAACCGGAGAACCUCUCUGGCAAGGGUACGAUCAAUCGCUUGCCUCAACAGAUGAUGGCAUAUCCUGGAGCGUCUCCAGCUAGUAGUAGCGCGAGUAGCAGUAGUCUUCAGACGUCCUUUGCCGGGAUUCUAUUCCCGAGCGCCCCGGCUCAUCACCAAAUACCUUCUCAUCUUCCGGCGGUUUCCACCGCUGCACAGACGCCGACUGUUUCCGCGAACGAGAUGAUCGAUCCGGCUAAGGAUCCAGCGAUCUAUUCGAACUUGUUACCGCGACCGGGUAGCAACGACAAUUCCUGGGAAAGUUUGAUCGAGAUAACGAAAACUUCGGAGACGUCUAAGUUACAGCAGUUAGUCGAUAAUAUUGAACACAAAUUGACCGAUCCCAAUCAGUGUAUCGUUUGUCAUAGAGUGCUUUCGUGCAAGAGCGCGUUAUUAAUGCAUUAUCGCACUCACACGGGCGAGCGUCCGUUCAAGUGCAAAAUCUGCGGUCGCGCGUUUACCACAAAGGGCAAUUUGAAAACUCACAUGGGAGUGCAUAGGGCUAAGCCGCCGUUAAGAGUGCUGCACCAGUGUCCGGUGUGUCACAAGAAGUUUACGAACGCUCUCGUGCUUCAGCAGCACAUACGCCUUCAUACUGGCGAACCUACCGAUCUCAGUCCAGAGCAAAUUCAAGCCGCAGAAGUAAAUGAAUUUCCGGGUUGUUAUCCUCAACCUCAACUUUCUUUCUUCCCGCAAGGAUUUACGCCGAUGCAUGCGACUGGUCCUGGUUUUACUUUAGGAUUCCCUGGAUCUAGGCAGCCGAGCAUCGAGCAACAAUCGCAUGAAAAUGACGUCGAUUUGAAGGAGGAGUCUCAGCAACAACGGCAAAGAUUUAUGGAAGAGCAUAGCGAGGAGAUAGAAGAUCAGGAUGACGAGGAGCAAGAUCGCAGAGAAGACGACGAUAGAUGCGAGAUGAAUCGCGAUAGACGUAGUGCCGAAAUGAUAGAGAAAGAGCAGGAGCACGAGAACGAGGAGACUGAGCACAGAGACAUGAUACUUCCCAUGUUUUCAACUUCGCUGGCGGCUCUCGAGAAUCAAGUAAAGACCAUCACGACGACGAUCGCCACAACCACGAUCGCGAAUGCAGCCAGAUCGCCGCCGACCUUUCAUCGAUAUAACGGUAGCGAAAAGAGCGACAGCUCGCCAACUUCCGGUGCUCCGCUCGAUCUGACACCUCGCGCUUCCUCCACUCCGGCGUCGGUGGCUUCCGCAUCGCCGACACCGCCGCCGCUGCCGCUGCCGCCGCCGCCGCCGUCCCAAACUGUACCGUCACACCAUCCGUCGCAUCCCUUCAGUAUGUUUACCGGAUUGCUGCAAGCAGUCUCAUCCGCGCCCGUCACCAGCACGCCAGGCACAUCCAACAUAAAUAGCGUCACGUCGAUGAGCGCAGUCAACCCGGGAAGCGUUCCCGGCAGCGGACCUCUAGCCUCGCUAACCACUUCAGCUGUACUAGCCGCGUCAUCGACUUACAAUCCGCUCGGUCUAGCUGUCGGAGGGCCAGCAGUACGUGGCAACACCACUUGUAAAUUCUGCUACAAGACGUUCGCGUGCCAAUCCGCAUUGGAGAUACAUUAUCGGAGUCAUACGAAGGAACGACCUUUCAAAUGCACUAUAUGCGACCGAGGUUUUUCCACAAAGAACGAUGAUUCCGGUCAGCAAGCAUGUUCCUGCGCGGACCAACCCUUCGCCGCGAAGGGUCCGAUCCCCCCACAACCCAAUCCCCAAUACCAAUCGUAUCCGGCGAGAUCGGCCGCCGGAAAUCGUGAGAAACCGAAACGCAGGCGGCGGCGGCCUGAGGAGCGGAAGAACCGGGGGCGGACAGGAGCAGGAGGGGGGCGAAGGCUGACGUCUGUUUAUCCUGCCGUCCGCCUGCCCCCGCUGAUGCCACCCGCCCUCGGACUUCUACCCUCGGACCACGUCUUCCUGGGUAAUAUGAAGCAGCACAUGUUGACUCAUAAGAUUCGUGAUAUGCCGCCGCAUCUAUUCAGCGAUGCAAAGCCACAACAACAGCAGCAGCAACAGCAGCAGCAGCAACCGCAAUGUCAGGAUCACGAAACUUCCAAGAGCCCGAUGUGCACCGAUGAUUCGAGCCUACCACCUCCGCCUCCACCGCCACCACCACCUCCACCCAUGCCACCUACGUCGAUCGAGUCCGCAAUACCAGUAAAGAGAUCCCCACCGGAAGGAGAUUUGCCGGCGCCAAAGAGACCAGCCAACAUGCCGAGCAAGCACUUGUGCCAGAUUUGCAAUAAGAAUUUCUCUUCGUCUUCGGCGCUCCAGAUCCAUAUGCGAACCCACACUGGCGACAAACCGUUCCGAUGCACCGUCUGCCAGAAGGCGUUCACCACCAAAGGCAAUCUUAAGGUACAUAUGGGCACUCAUAUGUUCACCAACGGAACGUCACGUCGAGGGCGACGAAUGUCAUUGGAUCUACCUCCCCUGCCAAUCACACCCAAGGACUCGGAGUUUCUGCAACGACGACCGGAUCUUUUUUACCCAUAUCUUCCCGCACCAUUCCUUAACGGCGUCCAGCAGAAGCUGAACGAGAUCUCGGUGAUUCAAAGUAACAACGGAUUACCACCUCAUUCCUUGGGCGCGGGUAAAUACGCGGCGAGUCUAUUCGGCUCGGUGUAUGGGACUGGCGGGGGCGGUUUUCCCUUGGAUAAGCAACCGAUGGCGCCAACCAGUAACGGACCCUUGAUGGAUGGCAAAUCCGCUGUUCCAUCUGGCUCCAUGCUCUUCCAAACGCCGUCACCCACGCACUCACCCGGCGCACCGUCGUCCAAUGGCGGUAAUCAAAACUCAAUUAAUGUGCCGUCCUGGACUGGUGACGCUCUACAGCAUCAUUUCGACCGAGAAACACCGAGCAGAACUGAGAACGACGUCACGCCACCCACCGCCGCACGUCUACCACCACCACCGGCAAGGGGAGAAGGAUUAGCCGCGUGAAACUUAACAAAUACAUAUCUUCCCAUCUAGCCAUACGAAGGAAGACGCGACCAUUUAUUCACAGUGGCCGAAUCUCUGCCGAGUAAUAAGAGGCUGAGCGUAUAAACUUGAUUCGCGAGAGAAUUCUUCCAGACUGAAUCAAUUUAAAGAACAAAGAAGAUUCUUUGCGCGAUGAGCAAAUGCUAAUGACGUGUAAACUGCGAGCAAUUUUGGACCCCCGUCCCUCCGUCCCAAUCGGCGAAAGUUUCCCGUCUGUGUCGGUUCCGCAGCAUCCACGCGAUCCGCGAAAAAUGAAACGGGUUCGUCCGAAGAAGCAGUGGUUUCCGGUCUUGUGACAGUGAUCCCCAGCAAAUCCCAAAUCGGAGGGAUCACAAUGCGACGCGACUAUCUUUUCUAUAUGGUGUUUCCGUGCAUUUCAAAAACGGAGGACAAUCUUCUAAGGACUGAUAUAAUCGAUUUACUUGGUAUUUCCUCAUAUACGCGAGUAACGACAUAUCUCUAUGCCCUUCUCUUCUCCAUCAUCUCACCCCUUCCGGUAGUGGUCCUAGUAUCUACAAAUGAAGACACCAUGUUCCUAUUAUCGCGCUAGUCUUAAUGCAUAAAGUAGGGGUCGAUAGAUGAUGAAUUAGAUCGAUUCGUCGAUACGGCUCCCGAGUAAGCUACGAUAUCGAGAAUAUUUCAUCUUGAUUCGGAAUCUUCGAAUUCGCGUGACUCAAUCGCGUUAUUACGUUUAUCAUUGUUUAUUCAAGUCGGAAUGUCACAUCGCCCACCGGCCGGUUGAUGCGAGGGCUUAAAUAUUGAACCCGCGCGCAUAUGCGAUCGAGCCACGUUAAGGUACGUAAGUAUGUAUAUAUUGUACGAUUCUGGACGUCGAAUCUCUUUGCAUGGGAUUCGGGGGAAUCCCCGCGCUAGACACGGCGCCUAGACUGAGCUCGGCUCGCGAGAAAGGCGAGCAUUAGCGUAUUGAAGCCGCAAGACACGUGGCGUCGCGUCUUAACGGGUCUCUCCGACAUCAUUUGACCGUCCAUUCGCGAUAGCGAUGGUCAUCUCUCUCCGGAUCAUCUAAGACUACGUUAUAAAUAUAUACAUACACAUAAAAAUUAUAUAUAUAUAUAUAUAUAUAUAUAUAUAUAUAUAUAUAUAUAUAUGUAUGUGUGUGUAUGUAUAUGUAUAUAUGUAUACAUAAGCGAAAUAUAUUGGUACGACAGGGAGUGUAAAUUGAAUGUGCGAAUUAUAUUCACGAGCGAUUGUAUAUGUGUUGCUUCCGUUUGUUGUGUGUGUAUGUGCGUGUUUGAUAAAAAAGAGAAAUUGGAACAGAACAAAUGCGAAAACGAUAGAAUGUAAGUGUAAUUUAGGAGGCGGGCCCGGCAGCGCCCCUCGCUGUGAUAUGAGAGGAGCAGCCUGCAAUCACUAAACCAAUGUACUUAUAUCUUGUAUCAUAGUAUUAUAAUAAUGAUAAUAUAAAUUUAUAUUAUACGUUUACACACACACGCACACACACACACACACACACACACACACACACACACACACACACACACACACACACACAUACGCGCAUGGAUAGACAUAUGCAGGAAAUACGACUGCGGUGUGUUGCAAGUGUCUACGAGCGCCUCGAAAGCUAAGUGUGACUAAUUAAUAACACUUAGUAUUACUAAUUAGAUGUCCAUUCUUCACUGUACGUCAUCGGCGAUGUUUGCGUUGUCGUUGUAAAUAUAAUUGUACCGUGCAUCGCCCAUAAUAUUUAUAUAAUGCCUAACAUUAUUCAUUUUUACGAAGAAGAGAAAGACAAAAUCGCAGUUGGUCGCUACGUCAAAAGUAACUUUCAAAAACUCAUUAAUUUUUUUGUUAUUCUUUAUUUUUUACGAAUAUAACUCGAAACAAGUUUAUUAAUUUAUAUUAAUAUGAGAGAGACUAUUAUUGGCUAUGUUUUAAUAUAUUUUUUUAUGUGAAUGUAAUUAUAUUAUAUAAAAAAGUUAAUUAUGAUUUAAUAUUAAUUUAUAAAAGAAUUUUAAUUAUUAACCUUUUAUCUGUGAUUUUUUAGUGGAUAUGUCAUGUAAGUAAAAAAUACUGAUACAUUAUACUACGACAUUCGACGUACUUAAAUGGUAUGAUGUAUGUAUGUAAUAUAUAUACACGUAACAAAGCAUUUUUUUUUUUUUACAUUAUUGAUUGCGCGUAUUUAACUCUUUUAUCAGACGUCAACACGCUAAAAAUAGCCAGUAGUAAACUUGAUAUGCUAGUAUAAAAUCCAUUAUCUUCUAUAUCGUUAUAUAUUAAAUCGAUUAUACCGAACGAUCGAAGCAUCGCCAAUGAAACGUAUUUACCAUACAUUUGCAACAUGUGUAAUAAUUUAUGAUUUAUUUAUUACUCACUUUUUUCGCGCGCGGAGUUUCGAUUCUGGUAUCUAUCGUCUAUAUACAGCUAUCGUAUAAGAAUGUAAAUCCGCGUAAAGAAUGUAAUUCUUUACAUAAGUAAUACCAAAUGGGUGUAAUAAACUACAUGUAACACACGAAACAAAUAUUUUUUCUUAGAAAAGUAGUAUAUCGUCAAAUAUAGAUAUGCAAAAAAUAUUAUACGACUUUCGUUAACGAACUCACUGAAUUUCAAAAUUAUUUUUCACAUUGGCAGAGGCAAAAAAAUGAAACUCUUUUGCAUACAAGUUUCAUUUCUCAUAAAAUUUUGUAGAUGAAAUAUUUGUGAGAUUUGAUGUGGAAUGAUCAAGCAUUAUAUCGCAUUAUAAAAACGAAUAACUAAAUUAACAUAUUGAAAGAAAAUAUUUAGGUAGUAUAAUUUUAUAUAUACAUUUAUUAAAAAGAAUUAUUUAUUACCAUUUCAAGCGCGCUAAUCGAUUUUACUUUCGAAUAAUCUUUCAAUAAAAAAAACAUCUAGAUUUUAUACUUUUCUUUGAAAUUUAUGAAAAAUCUGCGUGUAUAUCAAAUGAUAUAUGAUCAGUAUGACUGAUAUGGAAUAGAGUUUUACGUGUAAUCAAUCCUACAUGUGUAUGUACAUAUAAAUUAAUACUCGUGUAACGGCUUCUAUGUAUGUCAUCCUUUUUAAGACGAAAAUCACACAAUCUAUCUGUAGUUUGAAGCGAAUAUUACAUAGUGCGUGCAACUGAACAGUGAAUACUUUAUCGCGAUAGAAUAUUUUAUUUGAUUUUUCUCGUUAGUGAUAGAGAGAAGAUCCCAGAAGGAUUCAUCGAUUAACUAUUGCAUCGAUUAAGCGUCUCUCUCAUUGCGUAACGUUACGAAAAAUAAAAAAAAAAGGUAAAAAAACGCCACUCGAGACGAGAUUAACAAUCUACUGUUUAUUCUGGAGGUGUGUCGCCUCCGCUAAAAAUCAAAAUCGCUAAUAGCUGUUUAUCACUAGUGCGCAAUAUGUGGUCGUUCAUCCGCGGAAAAUGAUACCGAGAAACUUGCGAAUUCCGUAAUCGUCGAGGUAGCUUGACUCGACCAAGGAUAAAGAGCGAUUGAACUUAACGCAUCGAAGCAUAUCGACGUUUUGUACUUAUCAAACCAGAUUAUAUUUUUACGUUUCGAAAGAAGAAGACAUACUAGAAAAAGACUAAGGAAUAUAUCGCCGGAUAAUAUUCGUCUUCGAUGUGUAAAAGUGAUUACUAUAAUAGCGACAGUGUAAAUUAUUCGUAUAUAGAGAAAAGAGAAGUGCAAGUUCGAUGUGCGAAUUAUCAAACAUUUCGACGAUCGAUCUUAUUGACCCCUAAUUUUUAAGCCUACAGCCAAUCACCAUAAUUAUUUUACAGUGCCGUACAUGACUUUUUAUGAAUUUGUAUAUUUCGAAAUAAUUCAAAAAAUUCAAUAAUAUACACACAUUCUCCCGACGUAAUAAUCUAGAAUUUGGAAAGGGUAGCGGGGGGGGGAAGGGGGGACGAAACAAUCUUUCGAGGACAAGAUCGUUCGUCACCUUAUAUGUUUCGCGACUGUAUACGUAAGAUAUUACAAAAAUUCCUGCGGAAACAAACUGUAAUAUCUCCUUCCUUUUUCUCGAAAGAAUGUCAAAGGCUCGUCGGCAUUUCGCGAGCGUCAUGAAUAAAAUUGUAUUGUAUAUAAAUAGCGAAUGUGUGGCGAAUAAAUGGUCCAUAAAUAUAGCAAAGUGAGUAGCGUAUCGAACAGUUGAUGUACAUCUUAAGUGUGUAUUACCAAAAUUUUCGUAAUGUAACGAUCGAGACAUGCAUUUAAGAGGCGCGCACAUACACGUCACUCUCGUAUGUGUGUAUAAAUACUUUACACGUACGAAUGAAAUAUGAGCGAUAAAAAUUAUCCCGAUUAGAGCUAUCGGCCUGGCAUUGUCCGAAAGAGAGAAGUUAUCGCUUGUACGAUCUUGAGUUACUGUAAAUAUUGUAUAAUCCAUGUAUAAACACGACUGUAUUAGAUAAAAAGACCUAUCAUUGUA